AUGCCCUCUUCUCCCCUGAAAGUGGCUGUGGUGUGCUCCAGUAACCAGAACCGCAGCAUGGAGGCUCACCGCAUCCUCAAAAAAAGAGGAUUCCGUGUCAGAUCUUUUGGAGCAGGAACUUGUGUAAAUCUACCAGGACCCACACCAUACCAGCCUAAUGUCUAUGAUUUCAAAACGACAUAUCAUCAGAUGUACAAUGAUCUUCUUAAGAAAGACCAAAAGCUCUAUACAAGUAAUGGGGUUUUGAACAUGUUAAGCAGAAAUAAGAGACUCAAGCCCCGGCCAGAGAGGUUCCAGAAUUGCAGGGAUGAGUUUGAUCUCAUCAUUACCUGUGAAGAGAGAGUCUAUGACAAGGUAAUAGAACAUUUAAAUUCCCGAGAUCAGGGGUCUCUGAGGCCAGUUCAUGUCAUCAAUGUGGAUAUUGAGGACAAUGAGGAAGAAGCCACUCUAGGAGCCUUUCUCAUCUGUGAGCUCUGUCAGUGUAUACAGCAGAUGGAAGACAUGGAAACCCAGAUAGAUGAACUGUUACUGAAAUUAGAAGAUAAAAAUGAUAGGACUUUGCUCCAUACACUCUGUUUUUACUGAUGCCCGAACUGGCUUUUUCUUCAGAGUUGAAAGAAGUCUAGAUCUGUUCCAGAAACCAGGAUAUUUUGCAGCCAGUCUUUCGGAUUCAUGUGGACAUUCAGGACAAGGAGUUCCAAGGGACCGU